AUGUUGAUGUGGCAUGAAGUUGACAAAACUGAUAGAGGUUUUGCAAAACGCAUGAAGAAAGUAAAGAUGAUGGGUCGUGCAAAGUUGAGGAUGGAACUCAUACCAAAAGAGAAAACUCGAAUCACGACUUACCAAAAAAGGAAACGAGGGAUGAUUAAAAAAGCGAAAGAAUUCUCAACUCUUUGUGAUGUGAAUACCGUGAUGUUCAUAUUACCUCCUGAUUCAAAUGAGCCCGAGGUUUGGCCUGAAAACCCCGAGCUAAUCAAGAAAACCAUCGCUUUCUACAAGACAAAAAAGGGUGAUUCGGGAAAGAAGACUUAUGCUCUCAAUGACUUUUUUGAAGAUCGUAAGAAAAAGAUUAAAGAUGAGUAA